GUUUGUCAUUUAGUAAAUUUCAAUUUCCAGAGACGUGCGUAUCUGUAAAUAAAGGGAAGGAUUUAUUUAGCCAUGGACACGUUAGAUAGUUGUGUACAGCCUUUCACGUAUGAGCGGGAGUUCAUAAACGCUUAUGAGGCACUUCCUCUCUUGUGGGACGAAACUCAUAUCGAUUAUACAGAUAAAUAUAAAAGGAAUGAGGCUUUGGACAAGUUGCUAGUGGUUUUGAAAAAAAUUGAACCUACAGCAUCCGUUAAGGAUGUAAAGGAUAAAGUGAAUACACUGCGGUCUGAUUAUCGCCGGGAAUUGAUGAAAAUUGCAGCGUUUCGGAGGUCAGCAGGAGGGUCAGGUGAAGUUUAUGUUCCGAAAAGUUGGACGUUCCAAUACUUGCAUUUUCUGGGGAGAAGUGAAAAACCAAUGCCUCUUGAUAAUGAAGCGACGAGUGAUUGUAAACAAUCUCCAGGAAAAGAUGGCCCAAAACGGCUGCAUGAAGGUGUUAUUACUAGUGCAUCUGUGAAUAAGGUGAUGGCGCCCCCACUCUCUAAAAAGCCAAAAAAGGGCUCGUUUGCCAAGCAAAAUGAAUUGGUGAAGCCAGCUUCUGCACUUUCGGAAGAUUCUUCCACAAGAGACAGCAGUAGAUUAAUUGCCGAUGAAUGGGCUGAAGCUUUAAAUCGUUUGGAGCCCACUCAACGCCUUUUUGCAAUAAAGGCGAUCAAUGAAAUAUUGCUUGUCGGUAAAUUGGGCAAAUUGCACGAAAAUUUUGUUCAAAUAAAUGCAUCAUCGCAGCUAGGUAUGUUUACACGGCUGUCUCUCCAGGAUUAGAUUUGGAUCGGGAUUAACCUGGUACUGGUGGUAGUGUAUUUGCAAAUUUUUCCUCGAAAUUUAACGAUCGCAGUUAAGUUAUAUAAUACAAUUAUUCCCAAAUGUAAAAUGUAAUAUAUAUAAACAUGAACAUGAACUUACAAAUAAACAAUGUUAAUACUAUA